CGCGGGGCGCCGUCUUCCCUCCCCUCCCCCGAUUGGGAAACAGAAUGCCAUUUGAUGGAGCCAGUGAACCUGACCAUGCCCACGGGUCAUUAAAGUCUGAAUCAGACAUUUUGCAGAACAUACUACCUGAAAAUGAGAAAUUCUAUUUUGAUCUGUCCAGAAUUAUUGAUAGAAAUGCAAGGCAUGCUGAUGGAAUUUUCACCAGUGUCUACAGCCAUCUUUUGGCUAAACUUGCUGUGAAGAGAUAUCUGCAUUCGCUUAUUAGAAAACGAGUUAGCUCCCAGGACAGUCCUGUCAAACGCCACUCUGACGCUGUCUUCACUGACAACUACAGCCGCUUUCGAAAGCAAAUGGCUGUGAAGAAAUACUUAAACUCAGUUUUAACUGGAAAAAGAAGCCAGGAAGAGCUAAACCCCAAUAAACUUCGAGAUGAAGCAGAACUUCUUGAACCUUCCUUUUCAGAAAACGAUGAUUCUGUAGAUGAGCUGCUGAGCCACCUCCCACUGGACCUCUGAAGUACACCCGGAAAAGUCUAUGACAAGAACAAGUUAUUUUUGAGUUCCACAUAGUAUUUCAAAGUGAUGACUUCAGUCAUCAAACAAGAACAAAUAUGUUGUGAAGUGAAAGUUGUGAUAUAUUUGUUUCUUAUGUAAUAAAAGUUGAUCUUUACAUUGUAAAUAUUACUCUAGAGUUCUCUACUGAAAGCUGUACAUAUGGAUGCCGGUUUAACUCAUGAGAAGUCUGUGAGUCCAUAUGCUGUAAAUCCUUUACUUCAAUAAAUUCAUU